UUCGGUCGUCUGCUGUUGAGAAUAAAUGUUGCCAUGACCACGCGUGCAGAGUUGGCCACCCAGGCUUGUGACAUCUGCCGGAAGCGCAAGGUCAAAUGCAAUGUGACUUCAUCAUCGACCGAUGCCCCUUCCAGAUGUGGGCGCUGUGCUAGAUUAGACCUGCCGUGCACCUUUCUAUCUCCAUCCCGGACGCGAGGCCCAAAGAAACGCUCACAUACAAGAUCUCCGGCACACUCGCAGCCAGAUGGAGAGAGUGGGGAGGCCCGGGUUUUGGGCGCCAUCAAUUAUCCCACGGAUGAUCUGUGCGAUCGACACCUUUUUUCCUGCAUCAUGCAGGACUAUCUGGAUUACCUGUAUCCUCUGAUUCCAAUAGUGCAUCGGCCGUCUUUUCGACAGUCUUUGCAGGAGAACCAUGAUCGCGAGGAUAGCGGAUUUCUUGGGCUCAUCACCGCCAUCGCUGCGGUGGUCAUCGCCACUAUGCCUAGCAGAUUUCAUUCAUAUCGAAGUGCGACCCCGCCCUUGAGGUUCACGUCACGUAGGGACAUGGUCCGUCAUUGCUAUGACAAAAUUUUGCGGCUGAGGGACUUGACCUACUUCGACCACAUUAAUUUCCAGAAGUUUGCCAUCUCGUACUUGAUGUAUGCUGCAUUUCGGCAGUUGGGUGACCAUAAUUGGUCCCGUAUGUUAGAUACUCAACUGCGGAAGAAGGGCUUUUGGUUGAUUUUCUAUGGAUUCGUCCAUAAUCAACUGCAGAAUGUGCUAGGAGAGCGAUUGUCAUACCUGGAUCCCAUCCUUCUUCACUCUAUCAACCCGGAAGAUCUCAUGCCACUCGAAGUCGAUGACGAAAUGAUCUUCGAGAACGAGGUGCUUAUGCCACCGUCCCAAAGUGCAUGCCUGGUAACGGGCUUUAUCCUCCACUCCAAGGUGUUCUGGGCUGCUAUCAGGAGCACCUGUCCGGAAUCACCGGCUGGCCCGUGUCCCUGUGUGAGGGCCCGCGAUCCAGCCGUGCAAAUUUCUUACAUCCAGGAUCGUCUUCACAAUUUACGGUUCUUACUGGAUGAUAUUCCACCUCUCCUCCGGCCAUGGCAGCCAUCGGAUACCGACACUAUCGCUAACGGUGGGAACACUGGUGUGACAGAGAUGACGCAGUCACAUUUUGCUUCUAUGCGAGUAAAUCUACAUGUCACACACCUGUGGCUACAAAGCUUGCUUGUUGAUCAGCUGGAGGCGGCGCAAGCGCACAAAUCAGAGCUAUCAUUAACAUCUACCGACCAUGCACAACCAAUGCUUGAUGCAAAAGCGUUGUGGCUUCAAAGGGAAGAUCUUUGUCGUCAACUAUUCUGCAUCCUAUUCAGCCUGCCCCAGAUCAACCUGGAAGCGAAUGGUCUACAUUUGGCGCACAAAGUGCGUGAUAUCGCGGCGGGCUUGCUGGUAUGCCCAUUCCAUCCAGCUGGCCCGGAAGCGGAGCGAGCAGCCGAGUACCUACGGCAGUCAACCGACAUCCUGUCUCGCAUAGACAGUAGCGAAAGCAUGGUUACGAUGCAUCUACAAACCUGGAUAGAUACAGAUCGAGUGAAAGGUAAUUCAUAA